UCUUUGAUGCGUACACUCUCUCAUCUUUGUACUUGAAUGUUUGCGCGGUGCUGCUGUGUUUAUGCACGUGUGUUACAGAAAGUGUAAACUGCAUGAGUAAAAAUGCUUGUGUUGUUCGAAACGCCGGCAGGAUAUGCCAUAUUCAAGCUGCUAGAUGAGAAGAAACUGUCAGAAACAGAAAAUCUUUAUCAAGAUUUUGAAACUCCUGAAGCAGCUAGCAAGGUAGUGAAGUUGAAACAUUUUGAGAAGUUCUCAGAUACAACAGAAGCACUUGCUGCCACGACAGCUGCGGUAGAAGGCAAACUUUGUAAACCACUGAAGAAAACAUUAAAGAAAAUAAUUUCAAAAGAUGUGCAAGAUCAACUUCUUGUGGCUGAUGCCAAGCUGGGAAAUGCCAUCAAGGAUAAACUCCAGCUGUCAUGUGUUUCAAACACCGCUGUUCAGGAACUUAUACGCUGCAUCAGAUCACAGAUGGAUGGAUUGAUAGCAGGAUUACCAAAAAAGGAAAUGGCUGCCAUGGCCCUUGGUCUUGCUCACAGCCUUUCUCGGUACAAAUUGAAAUUCAGUCCAGAUAAAAUUGAUACUAUGAUUGUGCAGGCAGUGUGUCUGUUAGAUGACCUUGAUAAGGAACUAAAUAAUUACGUAAUGCGUACCCGUGAAUGGUAUGGAUGGCACUUUCCAGAACUUGGAAAGAUAAUUACUGACAAUGUUGCCUUUGUCAAAACCAUCAAACUGAUUGGAACACGAGACAAUGCGUCCAGUACAGACUUGUCAGAUAUCUUGCCUGAAGAAGUAGAACAGCAGGUGAAAGAUGCGGCAGAAAUAUCCAUGGGCACGGAGAUAUCUGACGACGACAUUAUAAACAUACAGCACUUAUGUGAUCAAGUUAUUCAGAUCACACAAUAUCGUGCACAGCUGUAUGAAUACCUUACAACAAGGAUGAUGGCGAUUGCCCCCAACCUUACUGUCCUCAUUGGUGAACUUGUUGGAGCACGUCUGAUCUCUCAUGCUGGUUCUUUGAUCAACCUAGCAAAACAUCCAGCAUCUACAAUACAAAUUUUAGGUGCUGAAAAAGCUCUUUUCCGGGCACUCAAGACAAAGAAAGAUACCCCAAAAUAUGGGUUGAUUUACCACUCAUCUCUUAUUGGACAAACAAGUGCAAAAAACAAGGGAAAGAUGUCAAGAAUGCUUGCUGCCAAAGCUGCGUUGGCAACUCGUGUAGAUGCCUUGGGAGAGGAUUCCAGUAUGGACAUGGGUGUUGAGCAUAAGGCAAAACUUGAAGCAAAAUUACGGCUACUAGAAGAAGGAAACUUACGCCGUAUUAGUGGCACAGGAAAAGCAAAGGCUAGAUUUGAGAAAUACCACAGCAAAAGUGAAGUAAGACAAUACCCAGCCGCUGCAGAUUCAACUCUUCCGACUGGUAUCAAGAGGAAAAGAGAGGAUGCUGCUGAUACACCCAAGAAAGUUCUCAUUGAGGAAAUAUCAAGCCAGGAAUUUCCAAGUGAGAAGAAGGUGAAGGUUAAGCAUGAACAAGAAGAGCUUGAAGAAAAUGUUGCAGGUGGGACUCCCUUACCUCCAAAGAAGAAAGUGAAGACUGAACCAGAGGAUACUGAAUUACCGGUAGAAAUGGGUGGUGGCUCAGUGGAAAAGAAAAAGAAGAAGAAGAAAAUUAAACAAGAAGUGGAAGAUGCUGAAGAGGACCUGGAACUUCCAACUGAGGCACCAGAAGUAACUGAAACACCAGAAAUCAAUAAGAAAAAGAGGAAGAGUAAGGAACAUGAAGCUGAACAUGCACAAGGUUUGGAACAAGAGCAAGAGGAGAGUGUCACACCAGCAGAAUCGGGAAAGAAGAAAAAGAAGAAGAAAUCACUUAUUCUUGAUGUCAGUGUAGAGGAAGAACUAAGCACACCACAGGGAGAAUCACAUAGUGAGGAGAAAAAAAAGAAGAAGAAAAAGAAAUCUGUGAGCUUUGAAGAAUCUGCAGAGGGUUUGGAGUUUGAGGAACCUGUGGAAGACAUUCCUGCCACUACAAGUGAUCAGCUAGAAAGCAGUGAGAAGAAGAAGAAAAAGAAAAAGAAGAGGCAAGAAGAAGAACAAGAAGAUUAGUGAAACUGGUGCAGGAUUACCCUGUUCUUAUAACUCCUGCUGUAUAUGGUGCUCAUUUUACAUUUUCUUCUGACAGGUGAUAUCCUUGUGCAUAGACAAAAUAGAAAACUGGUGGAAACUAAAGUGUGUCACUGUCACGAUAAUUGUGAGGCUUCACUAGUUGUUCGACAUAUGAGGUGCAUGUAAGGUUGUUUACAGGCACCCAAAUUGUGCCACGUUUAUGGCUUCCAGGAUUUUUGGGAAUGUGAAUAUUCGCUUUCUCACCAUAACUUAAUACUAGUUGGUGAACAAGCUUUUUCAGCAAUGUUUGAAAUGCUGUUAAGAGAAUUCUUGCAGAAGGAUUUAGGUUUAGUUAUGUCCAUAACUAAGACAAGAGACAAAGAACAGGAAUCAUGUCCGUGCACAAUGCAUGUGACUGACUAUCCACAUUGCAGAUGUUGGGUAAAAGUUGCUUAUUUCUUCAGACAAGAAGGAAAAUUUUGUAUGAAAAGACAGUUUGUACAGAACUUGUAAAGUACUUGAUAUCCAUUGUGUUCAUAAAUGAACUUUUUUUACUGGAUGUACAAACCUAUAAAUAAAGAAAAUUUGUAAA